AUGUUUGCUGUGGUCGUGGUGUCUAUGGGUAUCGACGGGAGCGGUACCGUCCUACGAUCGUUUGAACCGAUUGGUGUUGACAGGAGGAAAAAGGAAGGUGGAGAAAAGGAAGUGGGAAAGUUCGAGUUGUGGACGGUACAAGUCUGCUUUAGUGAUGACAUGAUUAAGGCUGGUCUACUCGGUAUUAAUAGAGUCAAAAAGAUUCAAGUUCAAAAUUCUCCUGUUGUCAAUUUUUAUGAAAAUGGGUGCAACGAACUUAAAGCUCGAACAAAGGAGAAACCGUGGACAGUGGCACUCUCCGUCAUACCCGACUGGCCAAGAAUCGAAGCCGUUGCUGAGUUUAGACUACGUACCGGACACGAUUGCUUGCCAAAACACCUUCACAGAUUGGGAGUAUACACUCAACCUACAUGCCCCCUAUGUAACCUACAGGAGGAAAUGGAGAAGACCAACCUGAUUCGGUGUCCAGCCCUAAAGACAACGAUGGAAAACCAGAGAUACUGGGAAGCAAGAAGACUGCUAAUGAACUGUUAUUAA